UUGUUAUCGGUACCGGCGUCUCGCCGCAGAAGAGGAUAGCGAAGCUGAAUGCGGCGAGGGAUGCGCUUCAGAAGAUGUCGGAGAUGGAGGCGGAUUUGAGCUCCAUCUAGGAGCAACAAACAACAAGAGAGAUCUAGAAAUCGAUAAACUGGAGUGUGGCUAUGGCGACGACGACGACGACGACGACGCUGCUUCGAAGCCUUCCGUUUGGAUCCUCUCUCCCGCUCAAAUCCCUCUCAGAUCUUCGCUCGAUCCCCAGGAAUCUCUCCCCUUCCAUGGCUGCCAGCAUGGAGGCGACGUCCGAGCAAAUCGAAGAGAAGACGACGAGGAAGAAGGUCUUUGUCGCCGGAUCGACAGGCAGGACCGGGAGGAGGAUAGUGGAGCAGCUGCUCUCGCGUGGGUACGGCGUGCGCGCCGGCGCGCUGGACUUGGACAAAGCGAGGAGCAGCCUUCCUAAGGAUUCCAAUGUGGAGUUUGUCAGGGCCGAUGUGACCGGAGGCUCAGAGCAGCUAGCCGAAGCAAUUGGCGAUGCCGAUGCAGUGAUUUGUGCAACAGGGUUUCGAUAUUCUUGGGAUAUCUUUGCUCCCUGGAAGGUUGACAACUUUGGCACGGUCAAUCUAGUGGAAGCUUGUCGGAAAAUAGGGGUUAAUAGAUUCAUCCUUGUCAGUUCCAUUUUAGUCAAUGGAGCUGCGAUGGGCCAAGUCCUUAAUCCAGCUUAUAUUGUACUAAAUGUAUUUGGACUGACUUUGAUAGCGAAACUCCAAGCAGAACAAUACAUCCGACGAUCCGGAAUAAACUACACGAUCAUAAGGCCAGGAGGGUUGAGGGACGAACCUUCAUCUGGUAACAUCGUUAUGGAACCAGAGGAUACGCUUUAUGAAGGUUCCAUCUCCAGAGAGCAGGUUGCUGAAGUUGCUGUAGAAGCACUGUUCUGUCCUGACGCCUUCUUCAAAGUGGUGGAGAUCGUCGCCCGAGCUGAAUCCCCAAAGCGACCUUUAAAAGAUCAGUUCAGUGCAAUUAGACAGAAAUGACAAAUACUUGUAAGUAGGGGCAAUCCAUUUUGGUUUAGUUUCGAGACAUGUCUACUACAUAUUCUGAUGCCUUCUGCAAAGUGGUGGAGAUAGCCGCGAGAGCUGAAGCCCCAAAUCGAUCUUUAAAAGAUCAGUUCAGUGCAAUUAGACAGAAAUGGCAAGUACUUGUAGGGUAAUGUGUAAAUGGGGUAUUCAGCUUUGUUGGUACAUUCUCCUCUUCGUUUUAAAGUAUUUUAUACACGAUCUUGCCGUAUAGUUUGUACCUGGAAACGCCAAAAGCAAGAAGAUUACUAACAUGAGAACUCCUUUGGUAGUGGCCUUUGCGAACUCCUUCGCUAUCAAUAGGGGCAAUUCAUUUUGGUUUUC